AUGGAAUCCCGGACUGAUGCAGAAAUACGCGACCAAUACGCCUAUACGCCGAAUCGUAUGAUUACGGGCAUGGUUAGAAUCCACGACAAAGACGCGCCGCAAACACCACGGACACGAUCAUGGGCAACAACCCUUAGGGGCGCCAGCCCAUUCAACAAGCUACCGGUUGAGUUGAUGCAACUCAUACUCGGCCCCCUCGAUUUCCUCUCCCUGUCUCGAUUCAGCCGCACCUCCAGACUAGCUCACGAGAUGGUCAACUCGCUCCCAGCCUACCAAGACCUCCUCCGCCACGCCCCCAAAGCCUUGACUGCGCUGGCCAGAAUGGACAUGUUGCACAUGCACAGCUCCAAGGCCCUUCGCGAUGUCUUGUACUCGGAUCGCUGUGUGUGCUGCGGAAACUUUGGCGCCUUCCUCUUCCUCAUCACCUGCCAACGAUGCUGCUACCAGUGCAUGGACAACAAGCAAGCCUUGUGGGCGAUGCCGCGCGCCCAGGCAGCCAAGUGCUUCGACAUCCCGACCAGAGAGCUGAAGCUACUAGCCUCGGCGCGCAGCUUGCCCGGCACGUACGUUGUGCAGUAUCGUGUCCGGCGAUCCGCGCGGCAGCGUCUGGUGAGCGUCCGUGCUGCAAAGGAGCUGGCGUUGAAGCUACAUGGAAGCUCCGAGGCUUCCCUUGCCGCCCAUCUUAAAUCGCGGCAUGGGGAGCGCAUCGGGGCGCGGGACCAGAACAGCAAAUGGUAUUUUGCACAUUUACAACGUGCCCAGUUGGAAUUCGAAGACCAUGACCCCCGAUUAUACAUGGCGCCUGCAAACACCACAAACGACAGCUGCAACGGCAUGGCAUCGAUUCUGUUCCCCGCCCUACGACGGCCUGGGAACGUUGCAGAUCAUGGAUUGUGGUGUCGAGGGUGCAAUUGGGUCAUACAUGAUGUUCACCAACUAGGUCGCGAUGUAUUGGAAAGGCUUGUUCCACGUCCCUUCAAUUCAUCAGCAUAUUGUCGCCGUUUGGCUUUGCAGGAGUGGUCGGAUGAAGGCUUCAUAGCCCACGCCAGGUCUUGCUACGGCCUACUAAAUCUUGCCCAUUCGAGCCGACGGAAAUCCCGUGACGCGAUGGCCUUAUAG